AUGCAUCUCUACGGUCGCAUAUGGCACAUUUUGAAAUCCGGGAGAAGCAGCCAAGGAGGUCAUGCUUUUAUCGCCAAUGCUGGCAUUUCUGGAGGAUCUAUACUAGAUAUCGCCUUCCCGAAAGACUUACCAGAAGAUGCCGACCUAGUUCAGCCUGGCACACGUGAAGUCGACGUCAAUUUGACUGGCACAUACUACACAACAGUGCUUGCUCUCCACUAUUUUAAGAAGACGCAUGAUACCUCGGACGGUUUCAAGAAACACCUCGUCCUCAUGAGUUCUUGGCGGGAUAUUGCGAAGACACUCUCGCAUCAACGUACAUGGCUGGCAAGUUCGGUGUGCGUGGAUUGUGAAAGUCUAUCAGAUACCAAGAAGAUGCUCUCGGAUUCCCAUUCCGCACACAACUGA